AUGGGUAUUUGUAAGGAAUUCAUUUAUACUUUAAAUGGAACUCAUUUUGUUACUUAUAUAGCAAAAGUUAUGCAUUUGCAUAUGCAUUCAUUUAUUGUGAAUGAGAAAAAUGUUCGCAAAAGAAUUUAUUUAAACUUUAUGCCUAGCUUUUGUUCUGUUGUAGGUUUUGUUUCCAUUACUUGUAUAUUGUUACUAAAUAUAUAUAUAUUUGAGAAAAUUAAGGUUACACAAGCACACAUAAGAAGCAGAUAUUUUUUAAGGAAUUUAUGUGAGUUAAGGAAAAAUGGGAGUUAUAAUCUAAGUAAUAAUAGAACAGAUACCAAUUCAGUAGUUUCAAAUUCAUGUGGAACCAAUAAUUUUGAAAAGAAAUAUAAUGAGAAUGAAUUUGGAAUAAAUGUGGAAAAUGUUUUACAACAACAAUUAAGUAAUAUUGACAUUGAUUUAUUGCGAAAAAAAUGUUAUGAAGAAAAAAUACAAUUAACUGAAGAAGAAUUAUAUUCGUUAAUUCAUAAUUUAGAAGAAGUUCCAAGUUUGCCUGACAUGAAUAUUAUAUGGUUGCAAGUGCGCACUAUUGAGGCAGAUAAGUUUGCGAAUAUGCUUUAUAAUUUAUAA